AUGAUUUUCUGUUCGAUGUUUAUUCUUAUAUUUUUUCUGAUAAAAAAAGGCCCUUUAUAUUACAAAGAGGCAUGGUAUUAAAACAAACAUAUAAUCAUAAAUAAUACAAAUAUCUUCACUAAAAUCACAAAGUAUUUUUUUUUGAUAAUUUUAAGUUUAAUUAAAGUAUUUUUGAAUUUGGAUAUUAUAUAUUAUAUUGCAUAUGGUUUUUUUUCAGUUUUAGGGACUUUAUAACACCCCUUUUUUUUUUGUUUUCAUCUAAGCGAGUUUUUAUUUAGAUAUCCUACUUUAAGAAAUAUUUUGAAAUCUGUUUAUGAACCAUAUGUAUCUUUGGUUUUAACAUUUAUUUUGAUUUUACUUUUUAUUUAUAUUUUUACAAUAUUUGGAUAUGUUUUAUUAAAUUAAAAAUAUCAAAAUAGAUGUGAAGAAUUAUAUAUAUGUUUUUUUGAAACAUUUGAUUAAAACUUUAAAAAUAAUGGAGGACUAGGAGGGUUUUUUUAAAAUAACAUUGUCUAAUCAGCAUAAAAUUAUAAUUUUUUUGAUUUUUUUUUUGAAAACAUGGGAAAUAUUAUUAUCAAUAUAAUUCUUGUUUAAAUUUUCGCAGGUAUUAUUAUUGAUAAGUUUAGUUAAUUAAGAGGUUAAGAAAAUGAAAAAAUGAUUGAUAUUUAAGAAGUUUGUUUUAUUUGUGGAAAUUAAAGGGAACUUUUUAAUAGGAAAAGCGAUUAAGGGUUUAUUUAGCAUAUUAAAAAUGAACAUUAUUUAUGGAAUUAUAUAUAUUAUCUUGCUUAUUUGGAAGAUAAGGAAGUAACUGAAUAUUCUGGAAUCGAAAGUUAUGUAUAUUUUAAGCUUUAAAAUAAAGAUUUCACUUGGUUUCCAAUAUAAAGAGCUGCAGUACUUGUAGAUGAAGAGUAGUAAAUUUAAUAAGAAUUAUAAAAAUAUAAAGACUUAUAAAAUGAAGUAUUUUAUUUUAUUUUAUUUUUUUAAUUCUUAAUUAUAGGUAGAUUUUAUUAAACAAAAUUCAUUAUAAAUAUUUUAAUAAACUAAUGA